AUGAAGUUUAUCUUCUUCUGGGUGAUCUUGAACCUGAUGCGUGCUUUGGCCUAUGACCCAGAUUCCAUGGACAGCGUCACUCCCCCCUACUUAGUCUACUUGAAGUCUGAUUACUUGCCCUGCACUGGAGUCCUGAUCCACCCACUGUGGGUGAUUACGUCUUCGAGCUGCAACUUACCGAAUCUUAAGGUGGUGUUGGGAGUUACAAACCCAUCAAGUGUCAGUGAGGAAAAUGUACAAGUGGUUGGCUAUGAGAAGGUGAUUAAUCAUCCACACUUCGUGAUCACUUCGAUUGAGAAUAACCUAAUGUUGAUCAAGCUGAACAAACACGUUGAAGUCAAUGACUACGUGAAACUGGUCAGUCUGCCCAAAGAACCUGUCACCGAAGACACCAUGUGCACUGUCUCCACCUGGGCCUACAACAUGUAUAACGUCUUCAAGGACCCUGACUCACUGCAGAAUGUGAACAUCUCUGUGAUCUCCAAGACUCAGUGCGAAGAUGUCUAUAAACGCUACCACGUCACAAAACAUAUGCUGUGCUUGGGCAUCGUGCCAGGAAGAAGGCUGCCCUGCAGGGAAGUCACAGCUGCCCCAGCCGUCUGCAAUGGGACUCUUCAGGGAAUCCUCGCCUUUGUCGACGGAUGUACUUUGAGAGCGGAUGCUGGCAUCUAUACCAGAAUCUUUAACUAUGUGCCCUGGAUUGAAAACACAAUCCAGAACAACUGA